CCAAGGAGCAGUUAAGGGUGAGUCGGGGAGUCGAGGAGCCGGGGAGCGGAGGGGAGUUGGGAGCAGGCGAGAGGGGGCUGAAGCGGAGCGGAGCCUGGCCCAGGCAGCCCCACGGCUGCCGGCCGCGGCAGCACCUGACUCUGGGACACGGCCAGGAGGCCACCUGUGAACCCAGGAGCCCCAGGGAGCGGAAGCCUGGCUUUCUCCAGGGACACCCUCUGGGAUUGGAAGCGAGCCUCCACCGGGGUCCGGGUACAGAGGCCCUCUGACCAGGCAUAUGCACUGACCCACGGGCUGGCUGUGGCCAGGGGCUGGAGCAGCCCUGACCUGCAGCCCCAGCGCUGAUGAAGUACGUGUUUCAGGUGAAACUUUGGGAGAGGAUGGCACACCUGGGAGGCCGCACACGGAUGGCCUGGCUGCCCGUCCUGGUGGUAUCCCUGGUGUGCCCGGCCGGAGCGGAGGAUGCCACGUGUGGCGAGAACGAGUUUUACAACCAGACCACAGGGCUGUGCCAUGCAUGUCCCCCAUGCGGGCCAGGGGAGGAGCCCUACCUGUCCUGUGGCUACGGCACCAAAGACGAGGACUACGGCUGUGUGCCCUGCCCUGCUGAGAAGUUCUCCAAAGGAGGCUACCAGAUCUGCCGGCGCCACAAGGACUGCGAAGGCUUCUUCCGGGCCACGGUGCUGACGCCUGGGGACACGGAGAACGACGCCGAGUGCGGGCCCUGUCUCCCUGGCUACUACAUGUUGGAGAACCGGCCUCGGAACAUCUACGGCAUGGUCUGCUACUCCUGCCUGCUGGCGCCCCCCAACACCAAGGAAUGUACGGGAGCCACUUUGGGAGUGUCAGCCAACUUCCCCCGCACGCCCAGCAGCAGCACCCUCUUGCCACCCCAGCGAGCCCAUAAAGCAGAGUUCUCAGGCCAAGGACACCUGGCCACGGCCCUGGUCAUCGCCAUGUCCACCAUCUUCACCAUGGCCGUUGCCAUCGUCCUCAUCAUCACGUUCUACAUCCUGAAGGCCAGGCCUUCCACCCCAGCCUGCUGCUCCAGUCCCCCAGGGAAGAGCCCAGAAGCCCCAGCCAGCGAGGAAGAGGAGAAAAAAGAGGCCCAAGACAACGUGGUGAUUUUCUCCGAGAAGGAUGAAUUCGAGAAGCUGACAGCGGCUCAGGCAAAGUCUGCUAAGAGUGAGAAUGACGCCUCCUCGGAGAAGGAGCAGCUGCUAAACCGGAGUCUAGACAGUGACGAGGAGCCAGCCCCUGACAGGCAGGGUUCCCCAGAGCUGUGCCUCCUGUCCCUAGUCCACCUGGCCCGGGAGAAGCCGGUCACUGCCACCAAGGCGGCUGGGAUUCAGAGUCGAAGGAAGAAGAUUCUGGAUGUGUACGCCAAUGUGUGUGCAGUCGUGGAAGGCCUCAGCCCCACGGAGCUGCCGUUCGACUGCCUGGAGAAGACCAGCCGGAUGCUGAGCGCCACGUACAACUCGGAGAAGGCUGUGGUCAAGACAUGGCGCCACCUGGCCGAGAGCUUCGGGCUGAAGCGCGAUGAGAUCGGGGGCAUGACCGACGGCCUGCAGGUCUUCGACCGCAUCAGCACUGCCGGCUACAGCGUCCCAGAGCUGCUCACAAAGCUGGUGCAGAUCGAGCGGCUGGACGCCGUGGAGUCCCUGUGUGCCGACAUCCUAGAGUGGGCCGGGGUCUCACCACCCACGCCCCAGCUGCCCUCUGCAUCCUGAGGGGUGCCAGCAAAUGCACAGGCUCUGUGGCCGCAACCAGGCCUUCUCCGUUGAGCACCAGUGCCUCGGCAGGUCCGAGGACCAGGGAAACAGGCUGCCCUCUGAUCCAAGCAAAAGCCGAAGACAGCUGGACCCGUCGCCCCGUGCGCAGAAUGAGUCCAUCGAUCGAUCCAGCCACCCCUCUUCUGUGGUGGUACUCGUGCCAUGUGCACAGUUGGUGUGGGGAGGACAGAGGUGAAGGGUCUGGCCCCUGCCUGAGGGGAGAGACAGAUGUUUCCUUGGAAGAUGUCACACAACACGAGGACGGCUGAGGAGGGCGCAACUCCCACCUGCACCUGGAGACGGAGGAGGCAGGUCCUGGAGAAGAAGGCAGCUCCAAGCUCGGGAGAAGCUAAAAUGCAGGUCCCCCUGCAUGUACUGCUUCAGCCUAGGUGCAGUCUGAACCUCCUGCAUGUCCCUGAGGUCACCCAGAUCCCUGGACUCUUUGGGUCACAAGGAAGCCCCACUGUCACCUGCCCCAUGGAUGGUCUGCAGGGUGUCCACUUGCAGCACCUGCCAGAGCCAAGGUCACUGCUGCGUGAGCCGGGCCUGGGAGCCGGGUUGCUGAACUGCCUUCCACUCUUGCCCUUGGCUGGCUUUGACCCCUUGGGCGCAAGGAUGCUUAGAGACACAGACACAGGUGGUCAGCUCUGCCUGGAAGGUGACAUAAGGACCUCCCAAGAGUCCAGCCCCAUCAAUCCAGACUCCACAGUUCUGAGACCAGGAUGUGUCUUGAGGCACCUUCCAAACCCAUGGGGACGUUGGGCCACCACAGGGCCACAGUCACGAGGCCAGGGCUCAGAGUCCAGGGACUGGACUGCUUGCACCAUCGUGGGCCUUUUCAUUCCUCCUCCCAGGCCUCAGUUUCUCUUCUGCAAAUGAGAGGUUAGGCUGCAGUUCUAAGUCAGGGAGAGUAAAGUCUGGAGACCAGAAGUGGAGCACCAGGCCUUCAAGCUGAUUCCUGUGCAGAUGUGAGGAGUCAUCAAAGAAAAGGGGAAAAAGCAGGAAAACUCAGGAUGAGGGCUUUCAUAGUGACUGCAAGUGUUUGGCAUCUGUUGAGAGAGAAAGUUAACAGACAGGCCUUGCUCUUGGCAAAUUCUCUUUCGACACCUGCUGUGGCCAAGAGCCUGGGGGCUGGGCAGUGAUCACACCAGGGAGUUAAUUUUGAGUUCCCUGCCCAGCCCCCUAAGACAGGCCUGACUGUAGUUGUUCCUAAAUUAAAACCAGUCUCUGGCUCAGAGUUCCGUUUGUGGCUCAGCAGUUAACAAAUCUGACUAGCAUCCAUGAGGACGCAGGUUCCAUCUCUGGCCUUGCUCAGUGGGUUAAGGAUCCAGCGUUGCCAUGAGCUGUGGUGUGCAUCACAGAUGCAGUUCAGAUCCUGCAUUCCUGUGGCUGUGGUGUAGGCCAGCGGCUACAGCUCUGAUUCGACCCCUGGUCUGCGAACCUCCAUGUGCUGCAGGUGCAGCCCUAAAAACCAAAAAAAAAAAAAAAAAAAUCUCAGGCUUAUAAAGCAGUGUUUAUAAAACUACAAGUCUCAUGACUGAGCCAAUGCUUUGGGGGAGGAACUCAGUCAUGGGUUUAAAGCAACAAGCAGUGCCCACCUUGAUUGUAGAGUAGGCUGUGACAAGGUCAUAGUCAGGUCUGAAUAUUUCAUACAGUCACUGCAUCUGUUGGCUGCUGUCCUCCAGAGCCUGUCUGGUGUACUGCCAAGUGGAUUACUCCGCAGCACAACAUAACCAUCCUUUCAGCCCCCUCUGGGUCCUCAGUGCCCCUUCCCUGCCCUGUGACCAUGCCAACAAUGAAGCCCCCUAACAGAGAGGCUCAACCCCACAGGUAGCGAGCUGCCUCCCCGGAUGACAGAAGGGAGCCUCACUGCCUGCUGUUAGAACUCGGGGCUGAGGUCCCACCAGCACCAGACCUGUUUCGCUGGCUCAGUCUGCCAUCUUUAGGGAGUCCACCCUUACGGAGUCCACCUACUUAUUUCAGGGGAAAAAAGAUGCAAGAAAAGGCUACUCUGGGAGCUUUAGCUUAAAUGCUGGUGUUUGAAUCAGCAGGACCCUAAUGAUUAUCACUGCCCAGAGCUGGGCUGCACUGCCCUUCUGUAUGAGACAGCCAACAUUUUUGCUGUAAUAAAAACAUUUAGAAAACACCCCAGGCUAGAGCUAUGGCCCUAAGCCAGGGAAGUCUUAAUCAUCAAAUCAUAUUUGUGUCUAAUUUGUACAUAUAACUUAUUGUAUUUUUACAAUUUCAAUAAACAUGCUCAUAAAAAGCAGAGCUGGUCCAGUGUGAGUUCUCUGUGGGAGAGGAGGAGGCCAGGGACCAGCUGGUCACUCUGGUCCCAGCUGGUGAUGAGACUCCAGCAACCCUGGGGGAGCAGUGCUGCAGCAGAGACGCUGGAGCAGAGCCCAGGGCCACACAGGAAAAGGUCUGUGCCUCGGUGGUGCCGUCAGGAUGCCAGCUCUGCCAGGAUGCCAGGUGUCCUGUGGGUCUGGAGCAUCAGGGCCCAGCAAUCACAGUGGAGACAGGGAUAGCUCUCACAUGGUCAUGGCCUCCCUUGUCAUGUUGUUUUCUGCCACGAGGGCUUUCCUGCCUUUCAUUUUCACCACAAUCCUGUGCAGAAUCAUUGUUACUCCACUUGCCUUAUUUAAAAGACAGUUCUUGGUGUUAUUGAUAGUUUUACUCUUUUUCUAUUUUUGCGUUGGAUGUUCCCAG